AUGAAUGUACCAGUAUUGCUACAUAAGAUAUUGCUAAUAUUGAGUUUCACUUUGAAAGCGGCCCAAUGUUUAACUUUAUCCUACUGUUCAAAGCAGAAUUUGGCAGCAAACAGUCAAAUAUCAGACGAGUUCAUGUCAAACGGAUUGUGUAAGAAUAAAUGUGGAAAUUCAGGAUAUGCUGUUGCCAUAUUAUCACAUUUUGAUUGUUUUUGCUCCAAUGAAGUUCCCGGAGACACAGUUGAUAUGUCAAAUUGUGAAGUUGGAUGCCCUGGUUAUAAAGAUCAAGAAAGUUGUGCAGGGAAUGGUUAUUAUGGAUACUUGGUAAUUGGUACUCCAAGUGCGACUAUUGGUGAAACUGCUACUACUAAUAGGGGCAGUGGCAGUAGUAGUAGCAGCAGUAGCAGCGAUAGUGAUAGUGACACAGAAGAAACAUCUGAAGAUGAAACGACAUCAACAACUGAGAAAGGAACAGCGUUGGCAACUAAACCAACAACAGAUUCAACAACCACUUCACUUCCACCGACAACUCUAGUAACUCAAACCACACAAGUAAUAGAAUUGCAUCUGUCCAAAGAUGUGAUAAAGGUAACUCGAUACUUGACAGUCACUGCAUCGACUUCAACCCGUUCCACCUCAUCUUCCUCGCCUACUUCAGCAUCCACAAUAAUUCUUGUUUCAACACAUAUUGAACCAUCAACAGUCUAUUCUAUAAUGACAAUAAAUGGAACUCAAACUCAACAAGUAAGAACAAUGUAUAUAACUCAAUACCCAAGCUUGACCACAAACUCCUUUUCCUCCUCCAACACCGCUCCCGCCUCCUCCAUUUCCUCCUCCUCAUCAUCAUCACCAUCGUCUCCUUCUUUACCUGUUUCUUCAUUAUCAGGUUUUAUUUCCUCAUCUGAAACACUACUAGAUUCAGCAUCCUCCAAUCCAAUAGGAGAAAGCAUACAAUCUUCAUCUUCACUCAUCUCAGCUGAAGCAUCAGAAACACCAGGAGCCUUGAACGAACACUCUGAUGAUAACGGUAGCAGUCCCAAUAAUAAAAAUACAUUUUUCUCCUCUACUGGAAAAGUAGCAGGUACGUUUACCGCAGUAGGAGUAGUUGUGUUUGGGAUUGUUUCAGCAAUACUCUAUUGCUGUUGCUGCCUUGGUGGAGCAGCAAGGCGGAAAUCGGAUGAUAGUGAAAAUGAUUAUCAAUAUAGCUCAGACGAACUUUCUUUGGAUCAUGAGGAGAAAACAAUAGUAAGACCACCAACUGUGGAAUUGAGCAAACAUUCCUCAUUUAGUAUACUAAAAAGUGAUAACUCAAAUAAAUCAUUGGUUAGUUAUAUCACACGUGGAAGCAAAGAAAAUCAUCAUCAUCCUCAUCAACACCAUUACAACCACUAUUAUCCAUAUGCUAAUAACAAGCACACGGGCCCAACGGGUACCACUGGCGGAGCUGGAAUAAAUCGUAAUUCUUCAAGGAAAAAAUUGAUGAGUCGAAGAAAUAGCUUUAAAGAUACAAGCAGUAACGGCCAUUCUCCAAAUCAUCAAGAUGGACUAGAUCAAGGAGUGAUGUUUCCAAUUGAUGAAUUGGAUAACAGAUUAGAUCCAGACACAAUGUUUUUACCUCGUACUAACAGUUCAAUUAGAUCAUUAGGUGAUGAUUACGAUUACUCGCGGAAAUUGAAAAUCACCAAUCCAGACGUUUUUGGAUAA